CAUACUCAAAUACGGUUUACUCCAAACGGUGCGUUUGAACUUUUGACGGUCCCGUUAUGAUCUCACGGUGUUAAAUAGAAAAAGCAAACCCGUUUUCUUUCUCUCUCCUCUUUGUCUUUGGCCUUAGCGAGGCAAAAACAUAGAACCCGGCCCGUCAGGCGGUUCGUCGGCGAUGAGGAAGAGAAGCGGCGUGAGAUUUGGGACAAGGGUGGAGUGGCUGGAGCAUGAUAUCCUGUGUAUCAUCUUCUCCUUCCUGGACGUCUUUGACCUCGUUCGCUGCACCGCCGUCUGCAAAUCCUGGAAUGAAAUCAUUAAAAAGUCCAAGUUAUUGCAAGUAUUGUACUUGAAGCUGCGGCGAGAUUGUAGUGAGUCUAGUUCUUCAGGGCAAUCAUGGGAAUCAGGUCUAGAAGAAAUAGCCUUGAAACAUCAUAGGCUCUCUUUACAACGAGGUCGCAUUGAUAUCCAUCAGUGGAAAGCUCAUUCAGUCGGGAUUGAUCAGUGCCGGAUGAAGAUGGGCUUACUUCUCACUGGUGUUGGUGACAAGGUUAUGCGUCUUUGGUCAUUGGACAGCUACAAAUGUGUGGAAGAAUAUUACAUUCCUGAUACUUUACCCCUAGUUGACUUUGAUUUCGAUGAGAGCAAGAUUGUUGGUUUGCUUGGUACUCGUGUAGCUAUAUGGAGACGUAAUGGGAAAAGAAGUAUAUUUCCCUCACGCGAAGGCACAUUCUCUAAAGGCUUAUGUAUGCGGUACAUUGAUCCGGAGGCUGUCAUUGGAUGUGACGAUGGAACUGCUCGUGUAUUUGACAUGUAUAGCAGGACAUGUUCUCGAAUUAUUAAGAUGCAUGCUGGCCCUGUAACAUGCUUAUCUCUGAGUGAUGACCAGUUGAUUCUCAGUGGGAGCUCUCAUGGUAGUGUCUCAAUAUCCAGCCUCUCAUCUGAUCAGCGGGUAGCUACAUUAAGGACAAGGUCAACUGACUUGGCAGGCAUAAGGACCUUGUGUUUCAACCCAUGUUCUCAUUUAGUGUUUGCUGGGACAACAGUUGGAUAUACAUAUUGUUGGGACCUUAGAUCCAUGAAAUCUUUAUGGGAGACACGAAUAAGUUCAAAUGUUCUGUAUUCCUUGAAUCACUUGCGGAAUGAUAAAUCAACGUUAGCUGUUGGUGGAAUAGAUGGUGUGCUUCGUGUUUUAAAUCAGAACACAGGCGAAGUUCUUUCAACAUGUGUCAUUGAUGAUGAGAGGCCGACAAGUUCCUCUGGAAUGAUUGAAAAAAAGAAAGGGAUAAGGCUGUCCGAAGAGGCUCAAAUUGACAAGAUACCUAGAGCUGCUCGACCCCCCAUCGCAUGCUUGGCUGUUGGGAUGAAAAAAGUUGUCACUGCACAUAAUAGCAAGUACAUUAGAAUAUGGCAAUUCAAUGCGUAAUCGAGAGGUUAUUUUAUUGACCUUAAUUGUACAUUUGUGUUAGUCGUUUAUACUAUAUAUUUUAUUCCCCUCAGAAUUAAGGUACACCUUCAUUCCCAGCCUGCUGCUCCCCUCUUAUCUGGAUCUUCCUACAUAUAAAGCUUUCAUUACCCUCUAUUAUCUUUGCAACUUUUUUGUUGAUUGAGUUUUACCCAGACCGCAUGAUUUUGAACUGUGAUGGAAUGUUGGGCUCUUUGCUGCAGCCCAACUGGGUGCAGUAGAAAUUUAGUGGU